AUGUCUGAAGGAGCAGAGGGUGGCAUACCGCCAGAAGUCAUUGCGGCUCUCACUGCCGCGGUCAAAGAAACCCUCGGGGCCGCCUUCAUUGGCUUCUGUAUCGGGACGACACUCUAUGGGAUCACAAUGCUCCAAACCUAUCUUUACCUCAAGUCGUAUCCUAAGGAUCCAAUCUGGUCUAAACUACUCGUUGGGAUGUUCUGGGCCUUGGAUACUUUCACGACGGUUUUGAUUGCUCACUUGAUCUACACUUAUGUUGUGCUCAACUUUGGAGACCCUGUGGCUGAUGAGAAGAUCCCAUGGAGUUUUGCUCUUGAGAAUGAGAUCGUGGAUAUUAUCACUCUUAUGGCACAAUGUUACUUUGCAUAUCAAUUGUUCAGGCUUUCACCCAAAAACUUGAAGAUUGUGCCCGUUUUCAUAGCGAUGCUUGCGCUCGCUGCCUUUUUUCUGGAUAUCAAGGUCACUGCACAGCUAUUUUCAAACUUAUCAUUUUCGGAGGCAUUGAGUGAAAGGAGCUUUAAUGUGACCGGAUCCGUCGUUCAGGGACUGUGUGCCUUAUGCGACAUCCUCAUCACGGUUUCCCUUAUCUAUACUCUUCGUAACUGGCGGUCCGGCAUCAGCUCGCGCACAACAAUCAUUAUCGACAAUCUCAUCCUCUAUGCUGUUACUCGCGGUAUUCUGACUGCAAUAUGUCAGAUAAUGUUCAUGGCACUGAAUGCUUCAAUGCCGGGCCACACUUUUUGGCAGCCCUUCCAUCAAGCAGUUGGCAAACUAUACGUCAACUCAGUGCUUGCCUCCCUCAACUUCCGGCCGGUUGCAGGCCCAAACUCCGGAUCGGGUGCAGUUCCGAUAGGCAAAGACAUGGACACAAAUUCUACUCAGAUCCGAUUUGGAGGCCAUACAAAGUCCUGGGCCCUAAGCACUAACCCGCUCGCGACCACGGUGGUAAACUCGGCACCAUCAAAAUAUCCAGCCUCCUCGUACCUCACACAGGAGGAGCGGGAGCUUGACAAUAUCCCCAGCCGCAAAGAUUCAGUUGUGUAG